CCUUUUUCAGAGGAAGGGAAAUUACGGUGAAUUCGGCAAUUUGACGGUUGGCAGCCAUGGCGUCCGGGGCGAAAGAAGGGGUCGAAGAAGUCAAAAAACGGUUCAAAUUCAACUAUGAGGAGGACAUGGAGCUCCUCCGGCUCGUGCUCAAGCACGAGCCGUACAACGCGGUGCAUGGCAGCGUCGCCGAGAAGUGGGAGCAGAUCCGGACGACGCUCUGCGCCUACGUCGGCAAGCAGUUCUCGGCCCGCGCGUGCAAGGACCGGUAUGGCAUCCUCAUGCAGUCGGGCUUCCGCUUCAAGGACCCGCCGUCGGCGCAGAUGAUUGAAGACAGCACGCGCGUGCUCACGGCGAUCCGCCACCGCGUCGACGACGUCAAGUUCAAAGGCAAAGGGCGAGUCGACCGGGUGCCGAGCGUGGACCUGCUACUGCAAGUCGACGCGUCGCUGGAGACGCCUGCGCCCGUGGCCACGCCGCCAACGCAGGCCUCGCCGCUGCACAGCGCAACAUCCGCCAUUGCCGUCUCGACCGCGGACGUAAGCGUGUUUCUCCGCCUCUUGGAUGGCCAGCUCCGCAUGUCGGCGCAGCACCUCGACGAUGCGAAGGAAGAACGCAAGUUCAAGCGUCAGAAGCUCGAGUUUGAGCAGCGGCGGUUCGACCAAGAGAUGGCGUUCCGCGCGCAAGAGGCCCAGCGCCGGGACCAGCGCGACGCCGAGGAGCGCGCGCAGCGCCGUGAUGAGUUUCAGCUGCUCAUGGACAUUGUCAAGUCGACCUUGCCCAAGCCAUGAGCGCUCGACGUGCAGGCUCGAUCCUUCUCCUCUUGUUUUGCGUACUACAUAAGUCUACUAAGCGUUUACCGAGCACGUGGCGGGGAUGUUGAAGAUGCAUGCAGCGCAGCACACGCUUCUACGCCAACUCCCGCACUGUCUGUGAAGUCUUUAGUUAGUUUCUUUUGGCUCGUUCAAUUUCAGCGCCAGCCCAUUUCUACUAAGACGACAAAGUGAGGAUCA